GGAGACAUGUCUGAGUUCCAGAAACUGACGGAGAGCACCAUCCCCAAUGCGAGGGAGGUACUGCAGGACAACUACAAGAACCUGCUCCAGGUGGCGGAUUACUGUGAGAGCAACUACGAGGGGGCACAAGACAAGCGGAAAGCCUUCGAGGAAACCAUGGCCUUCACAACUCAAUCUUUAGCCAGCGUGGCCUACCAGAUCAGCACCCUGGCCAACGACAUCCUCAGAAUACUGGACUUGCAGGCGACUGAAGUGCGGCAGGUGGAGGCCGACAUCUGCUCUGUCACACAGGUGGUAGAAAUGCACAAGGAGAAGGUGGCCCGCCAACAGAUCGGGAUGCUGGCUGUUUGCAAGAAAUUUCCACACUGCCAGAAAAUCAUCUAUCCGAAUCAGCUUCAGCCCCUGGAGGCGUAUUACAGGAAGCCACUGAAUUUUAGCAGUUUGGAUGAUGUGGGACACGGGAUAAAGGAUGAAAGCACACAGCUGGCCCGAACGGGGACUCUAGCCAGGAGAGGAACUAAAACAUCUGCAGGGCAGUCUCCUGGGAGCCUCAGAACAAGCCACCGGACCCUGGAGCCAGUACAGACUCCUAUCAUCCCAGAUGCCAAACUACCAUCAGCUUCAGCAGAGUCAUCGCUGAGCAGUUCUACCAGAGCGAUGGGCAGCAUCACUUUGAAGGCACCCACUGAACCGCCUCCUCCACCCCCUGCUUUGCUGUCCCCGUUUCCUCCUCCAAUGCAAGAUGACUUUCCUCUUCAAGCAGAUAUAUUGCUGCCGCCGCCACCACCGCUUGCAAUGGAUGAUUUGCCUCCACCGAAUCUCUCUGCAGCCGAUCUGGAUUUCCCAGCAUCCCCUCCGCCACCACCUCUGGACAUUACUGAUCUCGAAACACUGCCUCCUCCGCCUCCCCUGGAAAGAUUGCCAUGGGCCCCUGAUACCUAUCUGGAAAAAGUGGUGACCCUCUACCCUUACAGGCGGCAGAAGGAGAACGAACUGUCGUUUGAAGAAGGGGACAUUCUUUACGUGAGCCGGAGGUACUCUGAUGGCUGGUGCGAGGGAGUGAGCAGCGACGCCCAGGGCUUGUUCCCAGGGAACUACGUCGAGCCUCUGCACUGA